AUGGACGACGAGUUUGAUGAGAUCAACGAUUUCUUCGGUAACGACUUGUCUGAUAACGAGCCGGAUGAAGACGGCGCAGAACCUACAAGUGAUCAAGUGUUAAAUAACCUCUUGGAAAAAGAAAAUCAAGAAGUUGUGAAAAAGCGUGCGAAAGCCCGACCACAGCCAAAACUAAACGAGGCCACCCUUACAGGCCCGAAGGGAGUCCCGGCCCUCCUGGAGUCUUUCAAGAGCUUCAAACCGAACACUAAGAAGGACCCGUAUGAGAAUCUCGCUGUGAUGAUGAAAAAAUACCAACACUGGGCUCAUGUAAUGUUUCCCAAGCUGAAAUUCGAGGAUGUCAUCAGCAAAUGUGAAGCUCUGGGCGAUAAACGAGCUAUUAAGGUUUACAUGAUGAAAUCUCGACUUGGAAUGCCUCUCACCGACGAGGACUUUGCACCAAUUCGACGACAAAAAGGCGAUGAUAUUAUACAAACAGAGAAUAAUGAAGAUGAUGCUCGAUCUGGAAGGGAUGACAGUGAUGAUGAAAACUACUAUGAUCCGCUUGAGUCGACAUUCUCGAAAGGCAAACCUAAUGAAGGGAUGACUGCUGAGAAGUCGUCAUCAACUUCAGCAACAACUCAACUUGCACAUGGUGACACCCCUAAUGAAGCUGAAAUUGAUUUGAUGGAAUCAGCGGAGUUAGCUCGAAGGAAAGCCAUGGAGGAAGAGCAAAGGCGACGUGAAGAGGAAGAGUUGGCGUUGGCUGAUGAAAUCAUGGACGAUUUUGAUAUGUAUUAG